AUGGCGUCUCAGAUACAUUUUCUCGACAUCAAGGGGAAAACCCUUCUUUCUAGAGACUACAAGGGCGACAUUCCGCCGAAAACCAUCGAGAACUUCCCGCUUCUCCUUUUGGAGUUUGAAAACGGCGAAGACGACUCGCUCUACAAACCAUAUAUCCACCACAACGGCAUCAACUAUGUUUUCAUCAACCACAACAACUUGUACGUGUGUGCGUUGACCCGAAAAAACGAAAACGUCGUGGCCAUCAUUGUGUUUCUCUCGCGGGUAAUCGAGGUUCUUACCCAGUACUUCAAGAGCUUGGAAGAGGAAUCGAUCCGAGACAACUUUGUCAUCACGUACGAGCUCUUGGACGAGAUGAUGGACUUUGGCAUUCCGCAGACCACAGACACCAAGAUCUUGAAAGAGUACAUCACGCAGGACUACUACAAGUUGAUCCGCAAGACGCCUUCCCGUCUAGUACAGCCUCCGAAUGCGGUGACAAACGCUGUGAGCUGGAGAAAAGACGGCAUUGUGUACAAGAAGAACGAGGCGUUUUUGGACGUGGUGGAGUCCAUCAACAUGCUCAUCAACGCCAACGGGCAGGUGUUGAACAGCGAGAUUCUCGGCGAAAUCAAAAUGAAGUCCAAAUUGAGCGGCAUGCCCGAUCUCCGCUUGGGCCUCAACGACAAGGGCAUUUUCUCCUCGAGCAUGGACGACGACACGGCCACAGAGUCUGCGCCGGGGUCCAAGAAGAUCGAGAUGGAGGACAUCAAGUUCCACCAGUGUGUGCGGUUGUCCAAGUUUGAGAACGAGCGCAUCAUCACAUUCAUUCCGCCCGACGGCGAGUUCACGGUGAUGUCGUACCGGUUGCUGUCGGCGCUGUUUUUGAUGAAGCCGCUCAUUUUGGUCAAUUGCAAAACUGUGGUCCACAAACACUCGCGGAUCGAGAUCUUGUGUUCGGUCAAGGCGCAAAUCAGAAAGAAGUCCACUGCCAACAACGUGGAGGUGAUCAUUCCAAUCCCCGACGACGCAGACACGCCCAAGUUUGUGCCUGAGUACGGCUCGGUCAAGUGGCUUCCGGAAAAAUCCUGUUUGGUGUGGAAGUUAAAGACUUUCCCUGGAGGGAAGCAGUUCCACAUGAAGGCGGAGCUCGGCUUGCCUGCGGUGGUGGACACGGACAGCGUUGUGCUGAAGAAGCCCAUCAAAGUGAAGUUUUCCAUUCCGUACUUCACCACAUCGGGCAUCCAGGUCCGCUAUUUGCGCAUCAACGAGCCCAAGUUGCAAUAUCAGUCGUAUCCAUGGGUGCGCUACAUCACCCAGUCCGGCGAUGACUACACGGUCAGAACAAAGUGA